AUGCUGAAGGAGAAGAACAAGUCAGCUAUAUCCUACUAUCGGUACAUCUACAACAGUUGGACAUUCGAAGACGUGAAAGACCAAAAAGACCCAGCGAAGAUUCUUGAUAGAUUUAUGGAACAUUUGGAGCAACGGACAAAUCAUCAAAUUCACAGGUAUACUUUACAAGGUAUGCAACAAGACCAAGGUGAGUCAAUCAAUAAUUUUAUUGCCAAGAUUAAAAAUAUCGCAGCCAAAUGCAAGUUUAAUUGGCAAUGAAGAAAUGGAGGACAGAUUAUUAGAUCAACUACGUUGGGGUACAAAUGAUCCUGAAGUUCAGAAAUCCUUAAUUGGACGCGAUGAAAAACUAACAUUAAACACUGCCAUAGAUAUUGCUAGAAGUUAUGAAGCAACGAAGCAUCAAAUGCAUUCAUUAUCAAAUCAAAAUAAGGGAAAUCCCCAGCAAAUUGAUAACAUUACUCACAAGAAAUUGAACGCUGAUAAUAAAAAUCAAUAUUAUUAUUCAGUGUAG